ACACGACCUGACCUAGAGUGUCAGGUUCAUGUGCACUGUGCUUAAUCUGGGAAAUUUAUUAACCACUACAAUCACUCACUUUCUAAAAUCUCUUUCUUCUCUUUUCCUUGUAUCUCCACCACAUUUUUCCCACCCUUAUUAUCUAUGAUUAGUGCAUUCAUUUCUUUGUUUUAACGUUGUAGUCAGACCCCACCACAAUGCCUCUUUUUUUCUAAUGAAAUCUAACCUCUACUGUACGUGUUUGAGACUUCAGUCUGGAGACUCUGGAGUUCCCCUCUGCAAUGGGUUUCUUCAACAUGUCAUGUCUGAUUUUGCUUUCUUUGGUAUUUUCUGUUUUGAGUUUCAAAGGGAACUGUGAUGAUUCUCAGUUCACUUUAAAGUUCUUUAAGGCUCCUCAUCCAUUUUCACACCUCAACUCAGCCAAAUUUGUAUUUCAAGUUCUUGGAGCUGCCAAUGUCACUUGCUCUGAUUGUAGCAUCACUUGCAAGUUGGAUGACGGCUCUGCUUCAGAUUGUGGAGGUAGAAAGAUAUUGUACUCAGGCUUGCAAGAUGGAAACCACUCAUUUGGGGUCUGCGUUAAUGGCUCUCAAGGAGCUGCCUGCACUAGCUAUAAUUGGACUGUUGACACAGUCCCUCCCACUGCAUAUAUAACCUCAUCAACACCUUUCACAAAUGCUCUAAAUGUUUCUGUAAAUAUUUCUUUCACUGAAUCUUGUUCUGGUGGCGGAGGUUUUAGAUGUUCAUCUGUCAAUGAUUGCAACUUGCUUGUUUAUGGUGCUGGCCAAGUUGUACCAUCAUCGCUCACCGUUGUGGAGCCAAACCUCAAGUAUUUGCUUCUUGUGAGCAUAUCAUCUGCUUCUCGGUAUGGAAGACUGGUAUUGGUAAUGGAUACGAAUUUUUGCACUGAUGCUGCUGGGAACCCUUUUGCUAGAUCACAAAAUUCUAGUUUCUAUGUGCAUUAUGAUCAAAGAAAUGUAUUUGUUGAUCUGAGGGCUCAUGUUCCUGAGAAAUUGCUUCAACUAAGAAGUGAAACUAGAACAAUUCAGGCAACUAAUAAUUAUAAUAACCUUAAGGUGUACCUAUACUUCUCAGCUCCUAUUCUCAAUUCAUCAACAGAGAUUCUAAGUUCUCUGAGCAUUAGUAAGGGUACACUUCUUCCUAUUACCGGAGAAAACCACGGGAAUCGCAGAUUCGGCUUCAUGGUUGCUAAUAUAUCCAAUAUUGCUAUAAUAACAAUAAGCUUCGAUGCAAACUCUACAAUAAGCAGACAAGGGACCCUGGUUUCUCCAGUUGCACCUGUUACUUUCCUUUACGAUUCUCAGAGGACUGCUGUGAGAUUAAGCACAACAUGUCGUAUGAGGACACGAGAACACAACAUACCAAUUUCGAUAAAGUUCAUGAAGCCUGUUUUUGGAUUUAAUUCAUCAUUGAUAUCCAUCUCCGGAGGUCGAUUGCAGAGCUUCCAUGAAAUUAGUAGAAGCAUAUAUGCAGCAGCAAUACAAGCAGAUGAUGAUGUUGUUUCUGUCAGUGUCCCUGAGAAUGUAACUGGGGAUGUUGCUGGAAAUAAAAAUUUGGCAUCUAAUGUUCUUCGAGUCAGGCACUAUACUAUACCCGUAAUUUCUUCUGUGAUAUCCAUAUUUGUAACUGCCAUUUUUUUGCUGACCUGUUUCACCGCUGGGCUUCUGACCAUGUCAACUGCAAGCCUUCAAUCGGUUGGGGCAUUUUCAAGACCAUCUUCAUCUUUGUCUUCUGACCCUACAAGGAUUCUCUUUAGAAGUGCAUGCCACAUUCAGAUUUUUGCACUGUCUAGGUGGUUACCAGUAACAUUGCCGGUGGAAUAUUAUGAAUUUGCAAGGAGUAUAGAGUGGAGCAUUCCUUAUUUUAGUCUCCCAUGGGAAACUGGGCAUGUUCAGCCAAUCAUGAUGGGUUCAAGCCCCACCGGAACUUCAAAUUCUUUCCUUUCCCGAACUUAUGAUAGGGUAAUCUCCCGUAGUUUUCAACCGAACAAAAUAGCAGCUGCAGUAUAUGGUUCACCACUUACUCCAGUAGAGUACAGAUCAUUUUUUGAGAGCCAAAGCAUUAUACCAGAAGCAGAAUAUAUUUCGGAUGGACUGCAUUCAAAUGGGUGGAGGAACUUUGAUAGAAGCAUGUUCUGGUUAGCUGUAAUUGGUGGUAGUUUGAUACUGUUGCAUGCUUUUCUCUUUUUCAUUCUCAAAUACAAGAAGAGAGAUUCCGAAAAGCAAGGGAGUUAUGGAGCACUCAUAUUUCCUAGAUUCGAGAUAUUUCUCGUAAUUGUUGCACUACCUUGUAUCUGCCAGGCUGCUGCUGCUCUAAUUGCAGGAGGAACACCAUCAGGAGUUGUAGUUGGCAUUUUGUUACUUGGUGUUGUGGCUUUCCUACUGCUGUCAUUAUUCUUGUUCCUGUCGGUCGGAAUUACAUUUGGAAAGCUGCUUCAAUACAAGGAAGUCCAUCGAGAAGGUCAGCAAUUUCACUGGUAUCAAGAACUCAUCCGAGUGACUCUUGGUCCUGGGAAAAGAGGCCAGUGGACUUGGAAAAAUGAAGCCAACUCUGUUUAUCUAACCAUGUUUGGCCCUCUAUUCGAAGAUUUAAGAGGUCCUCCGAAAUAUAUGGUCUCACAAAUAUCCGGUAGCAAUCUCAGCAGGCAAGGUGGUCCUAUCAUUGCUUCAGAUGAUGAAACAGAAGAUGCUGAAGCACCUUUUAUUCAGAAAUUGUUUGGAAUACUCAGAAUAUACUACACCAUGUUAGAAUCUGCAAGAAGAGCUACACUGGGAAUUUUAGCAGGUGCCUACUUGAAUAAUAAUAACACCUCAUCUAAGACUCCAAUAAUUAUCUUGCUAUGCCUUACCUCUUUUCAGCUAUUCUUCCUUGUUCUGAAGAAGCCUUUCAUAAAGAAAAAGGUACAGUUAGUUGAGAUCAUCUCUCUUUCGUGUGAGGUGGCCAUGUUUGCUACUUGUUUCGUUCUGUUGGACAAGGAAUUUUCGACUACAAUCGGUAUCUUCAUGCUUACUUUAUUCCUGAUUGGGUUCUUAGCACAAAUGAGUGCUGAAGGGUAUGCUUUGUAUGAACAAACAAAGCAACUAGACACCAGUGAGAACAGGUUCUUCACAGGUUUGAAAAUAGCAUCAGUCGGGUUUCUCCUAUAUUUCGUCCCUCAGAAACUGAUGAAAAGCUUUGAGAGCAAAUUCCCAGUAUUUGGAUUAUGCAUGGAUACAAGUACAACAGGUUUACCAUGUGAUAGGAACAGCAGCAGUUCAGAGAGAGCAUGGCCAAGACAACUAAGGGAAAUGGCAAAGGCUAGCUUUAGUAAAGAUGGAAGCAAAGCUCCAACAGAUCCUUCAAGCAGCAAAAGCAAAUGGAGUGGAUUGUGGGGAACAAAAAGGAGUGGCAGCUCUUCUUUAGAUUCCUCUCUAGAUUACAAGUCAAAGUCCAAAUCAAAAGGGUUGUACAAAGACUUGGAAGCCAUUUUUGCGUCCAACCCAAGAAUGUAACCACUUGACUUUUUAUAUUUAUAUAUAUUGUAUAGCUGAGACAACCCCAUUCUUCGAACUCUUUUAUUUGAUAAUUUAAAUGGGACUUUUUUUUCCA